AUGAUGCGGACCACGCUCGUCCCAUCAAUAGCGCUAAAAGCUCUCUGCCGCCACUCCCGGGCGACGACGACGACAACAACGACAACAACACGGGGGUUCUCGGCAUCUCGUCGCCUCAGCGCCAGCAACCAGAUCUUUGAUCCCAUCCGCGACGCCCCAACCUUCCAAACCCACCACCUCCUCGCGCUCUCCUCGCGCACCCCCUUCAUCACGCUCUGGACCACAUCCUGGUGCCCCGCCUGCCGCACCAUCGCGCCCCUCCUGCAGACCGUCGUCUCGUCGGGCGUAGGCGAGGCGGAGGGGGGCGUCGCGUACGCCGUCGUCGAGCUCGACGCGCCGGACGUCGUCGCCGAGGGCCUGGGCUUGCGGUACGGGAUCACGGCGGUGCCGACGCUGGUUGCGUUUGGCGGUGCUGGGGCUGGAGGGGGGGGGGCGCCGAGGGCGGAGACGAAGGUGGUGGAUGCGAGGGUGCUGGGGGAUAGGAGGGUUUUGGAGGAGUGGGUUAGGACGGGUCUGAGUGCAGCUUCUUGCUACUUGGUUGCUCUUUGCCUUGACCAUGAGUGGUGGCGUGGUUAG